UUUUAUCUGCUUACAUUAAUUUGAACCUCUAUAAAAAGGAGACUCCAACUGCAUACAUAUUAGGUUCAGCUUAUAAAUAAGAGAAAAUAAAGUUUUUCCCUUCAGAAUAUCUCAUAUGAAGAUGUUAAAAAAAGUGGUUUUUAUAAGCUUAACCACGUUCAAGUCUGUCAUAGCCAUUUGUGUUAGUAACAAGUAACACAAUUCUUUGUCAAACUUUACUUGUCUUUUGGCCAAAUUAUAAAUUAUCAGGUUCCCAUUUUCACGAGAAUUGAAAGGUUAAAGACAAAAAUAGUACUUCUAUUCCACGGAGGCAGUGGCCAAAUUAUGCAAUAGAGGCUAUGCAUGUUUUCAUGCAGUUGCAUCAGAUAGCUGAAGUAGACAUUCCAUCAUGAAUAUGUUCGAGCUAAAUUUAUAGUGCCAAACCAUAAAGUAUUGGAUUACAAUGUUCCCAUACUUAGACGGAUCAAAUCAAGCAUUCUUUUGAAGGAUUGUAAGGAUCCAGGCAAAGCUAUGAUUUGUCUGAGAGCUGGUCUUGUUUUUCUUUUAGUACAUUGUUUAGCAGGUAGAUUCUUAGCUAGUCAGGCUUCAGGGGUUUUUGUUCUGUGAUCUUUUGAAUUUUUAUUGUUUCCUCACAGCACAAGAUACUUUCUGUUUAUGCUUGUAUAAUACAUUGCGUUUUAUUAUUUAUACAUGUCUGGUUUACACAUUUUCACGCAAUGGGUGUUCUACAAGCUAUUGAUGCAGGGGCAUCUUUUAUCAUUAACUUUUUAUGAUUGCCAACCUUUCCACUAUAGACUUAUGGCGUGUUUGGAGAUUAUUGAAGAUUGACAUGUGAAGGUGUUGUAGUUUUUUUCCCCUUAAGAAUUACUGUUCAUCAAGCAAUCAGUGCCGAGUUUCACUUGAAGCUGAAAGGAGACAAUGUUAUGCUGAUCAAACGUGUGAAAGUUACAGCUUGAUGGAUCUUAUUUAUAUAUUUUGUGAUAAUUUUUUUUUGAUAAAGCCAUACUUCAUUAAUGUAACAUUGGGGAAAUUUGUUACUUUGCAUGUUCAAUAUUUUAUCACUGCACAGUUUCCAAUCCAUGUGACUGCCACUUACUACAAAAUUGUCCCUUGUUUGGUUAGCUGCCUUAUAAUGUUGGAUCAAUGAGACACUGACAAUUAUAAAUUGUAACAGUUGUUGGUUUAACUGAAUAUAGGCUACAUGUUCAUUAAUGACAAUUCAGUUUUUGUAUUUAUUAUGGGUUAGGUAGCAGGAUUCUUAGCAUUUGAACAUUAGAGGUAAUCAAAUCUUCAUUCCUAUCCUAUUUGGUUGGGGUAUAGUUGAUUCUAUCAUCAAUGUGCUUGAUCAUAGAUUCAUAGGCACACUGGUAUAGUCACGUUAAAAACAACUGUUGGGAAUUUUCCUAGUACAGGAUGUGAUUAGGCUAAGGUAUGUUCUUUUAAUUUUGUUUAAGUUUUGUUUUUGGCAGCAUAAGCUAGGGAAGUCCUCAACAGUGACAUAGUUCAUCGAAUUGAUUAGGUUGGUCCAUGGUCCACAAAGUCCUCAAAUCCUAAAGUUGAACAAUAAUUUAAAGUGUGUUGUUGACUUGACUCUAUCAAAUUGUUUGGCAUUAAAUAUGUCUCAUUAUGAUUUUAAUAUCUAUCUAUUGGCCGCAUAUAUAUGGUCCAAUACCAUUGCAAAAAAAUAAACAAAUAUAUGGUCCAAUAGGCCCAUGUUAUUUUUGUGAUUUCAUUUUCUGCCCAAAACGUUUGUUUAGUAUCUCUGAUUUUACAAGUCUGACGGCAGUUUUCACUUUCUGUAAAAGGGUAACAUUAUUUUUAAUUUUUAUGUGCAUUAAAUUUGUGGGGGUACAUGGUUUUAAUAGAUAGCUUAGCAGUGAGGGUAUAUAUGGUCCUUUCUUCGUGACUCAUUAGCAACGAGUGCAGGGUUUUCUUUACUAUAUUCUGCCUUACAGAAAAAUAAAGCAUUCUAUGAAAGUUGAUUUUGUUCUGGGAAAAACACUAAAGGACAAAUGAAAGCUACAAGUAAGGAAAAGCAAAUCUAAAAAUCUCAGAAACAAAAAUUGCUAGGAAUAUAAAAAUGCUGGAGUUCAAGGUGAAGUGUUCAACAAACAAUCUCUAAAAGUGACACGCAUCUUUUCUUUCCUGUUAUUAGUAUCUCUAAUCUAAUCUUCUGUUGACAAUAUUUGCUCAUAAAAAUUGUGGCCCCCCAUUAAAGUGUCCACCACAAAACUUGCUUUGUUUUCCUAUCUUUUAUGUUUUAUAUUUUUAUUUUGUCUACUUUCUUUGAAGCCUAGUGACUAUACUAAUAUUUCUUGCUGGUUAAGACUUCCAAUUUUUACUAUCUCCCUUUUGAUAAAAUUUCAAUACUUUACAAAUUUAUUUAUGAGGUAGUGCACAAGUAAUACUGCACUCCAAUCCCUGAUCUAAAUGGCAGGAACAUUCUCCAAAAUCCCAAUUGAGAUUGUAAGCAGUGAUGAGAUGGCUUCCAUUGAUGCUGCUUUAGCUACUGCAGCAUGUUCUUCUGUCACUCCUGCAACAUGUUCUUCUGUCACUCCUGCUGCUGCUGCUGUUCCUGUUAUACACUCACCAACAUCAGCCACUCGGAUUCGCAGAAUCAGCACAUCGACUCAGUCAGUUCCAGCUCAAGCCAAGAGAAGCCUAUUCACGCAUUCCGAACCUGCCAUAGAAGAUAUUGGCAGUUUUGUAAGCAAUAGGAAGAAAAAGUCUAGAGCAGAUGAUACGUUACUGCACCGAUUUAGAAGCAAGAGAGGCUUGUUUGUCACUGAUAUCACCAAGACAGAAUGGUGUGAAAAGCAAAUGGAAUUUUCUCUCUUUUCUGAAGAAUGGAAGAACUAUGAAGCCAAGCCAGAUACAGCCUUUGUUUAUGGAGGAGGAAGGAGGAAUAGUAACCCGAUGAAAGCUGGUAUAGAUCGGCAUGUUCAGCUCGAACGAGAGGUUCUUGAACAGGUGGAAGUGAAUGUAAAAUCAUGUGAAGAUUAUAUGGCAUUGAAGCUUGUUAAUUUCAUCAAUGGGGUGAAUCAACUACUGUCUGAUGGACUAACUCGCGAGCUUCCGAUAAUAAGCUUUGAUUUUGCACACGGUAUAUGGAUAGUUGGAAAAAUUGACGAAAUUCGGAUGCCAAAGUUAAAAAAUGAUCAUAAUCCAGUGCUAGUUGAAACAAAGACUCGUUACCGCGACACAGUUCCUGCAGAACCACAAAAAAGAAAUGGAAUGAUUCAGUUGAUGUGUUACAAGUAUUUAUGGGACAAUUUAGUUGCUCAUGCUAAUCAUGAUUUUCCUUCUAAACAGUUGUUUGAUUAUUUCGAGUUAAAUCCUCGACGAACUUUAUGUAAAGAUCUUCAAAAAGCAUGUGUUGAUUCUGGAAUCUCAGCAUUGACACUUGAUGAUGUGGUGGUGUGUUAUCAAAAUAUGUGUAAGAUGUUGCCACCUUCUAAUGAUCAGCUAGUGUUGAGAUAUGAAUCUCAGAGGGAUCAGUCACUAUUGGAAGAAGAAAAAUUUGUGUAUGAUGAUGGUUGGAUAAAGGAUGAGAUUAGCGUUUGUCUUGAGUUUUGGCUUGGAUGGAGAGAAGCUAGUUGUGUUGACGAGGAAGAGGAAUGGAAAUGUAGGUUCUGUGAUUUUGUUUCUGAGUGUCCUGCAUACACUGAUGAUGAUUCUGAGAGCACAGAAACUCAUUCAGAGGAUGACUCAAGUGAGUGAUGAUUACAUGUAAUUGGAAGUGUUUAGUUCGAUUAAGCUAUGUUUAGAGCAGCAAUUUGGAGGAAAAGUGUCGGAAGACUGAUUUUCUAUUUCUUAAUUAAACAAAUUAUAAAAUCGAUGAAUAUUUUAUGAUCAUAUUUUAUCAUUA